UGCAGACGUAACGUGUACUCACGUCUCUGUUUUGUGUUCAAGGCGGCCGUAUUAUUCGAUGAUUUAAUAAAGGUCAAGGCUGCUUUUUAAAAUCAUUUGGGAGAUAUUUUUCUUAUCUCAUUCCUCCGGGUUUUGUCCCAGCUCAGACACCGUACUUCCUUAUGUGGGUGUGGACCAACAGAUGACUACACAAAUAAUGGAGGAGAAGCUACACUAGUCUGCUUCUUCCAAGUUAGAAGAACUAGUUUCAAAUCGGAUCCGUUUCAUCUUCCCUUUCCUGGUUUGGGAUCGGAGCUGUGAUGCUUUAUCAGAAUGGGAAAUCUUUUUGGAAAAAAGAAAGCAACCCGAGUGACCGAACAAGACAAAGCGGUUUUGCAACUGAAACAGCAACGAGAUAAGCUGAGGCAGUAUCAGAAGAGGAUCAACCUGCAGCUGGAGAAGGAGAGGCUUCUGGCCAAGCAGCUGCUGAAAAAUGGCAAAAAAGAGAAAGCGCUCCUCCUGCUGAAGAAGAAGCGCUACCAGGAUCAGCUUCUGGACAAGACGGAGAACCAGAUCGGCAACCUGGAGCGCGGAUGGUGAGGGACGGGGGAGAGCGCGUUCAAGGUCCAAGACCUGGAGUUCGCCCAGAUCGAAACGAAGGUCAUCCAAGGGUUGAAGGUGGGGAACGAAUGCCUGAAGAAAAUGCACGAGGUGAUGUCUGUCGAAGAAGUCGAACGGAUUAUGGAUGAAACCCAAGAUGCCAUCGAGUACCAAAGGCAAAUAGACGACAUGCUGGCCGGCUCCUUCUCACAAGAAGACGAAGACGCCGUGCUGGCCGAGCUGGAGGCCAUCACUCAGGGAGACGUCGAGCUUCCCGAGGUUCCCGAAGAAGAGCUUCCAGACGUCCCAGAGGCCGCGGAGGAGAAACCAGAGCGGGACCGUCCCAGAAAGAAGGCGGAGCGCGAGAUGCUCGCUGUGUAGGAACACGGCCGGCCCGCCGGCUGCUGGGAACGUCUUCUCCGCAGCGCUCCAGUCCAACAUGAGCCUGCAGCCAGACACACAAACACUCGCUGGAGAACUCUGUGACGCAGCGGCCGCAGCCCCUCCCUCCGAUACCGGGCUUCCUCCAUCCCAUCCGGGCCGCCGUUUGUCCUCGGCCCGCUGCACGGCGACACACGGCGAGGCCGGUUCACCGCGGCGCCCUCGACUCAUUGGAGAAAUGUGAAGCAUUGAGACCUGUGAGAUCUGAUAAUUGUGCCUAACCUUUGUUUCGAUUAGUGUCCCGUCACGAAAUCACUUUACACACACGUUGAUGGAAGUGAAAUGCACGUAGGUGUCGGUCUGUAAGGGGCCCGUUCAGCCAAAUCACUCAGAGACCUUUUGACCACAUAGUUUUAUCUUCAUGUUUGGUUUGAUUUGUUCAGGUUUUGGGGCUUUCUGGCUUUCUGCCUCCUUUCAGUACAACGCGACGUGAGUGGGAUUUGACUGAAUGAAGGUUUACUCAGUUACUAAACAUAAAACAUAAGUACAGCAAGUACAUUACAAACAAGCCACAGCUUAUUAUGCCUACCCUAUUUACAAAACAUCUACCCAUCAGAAGUUAAACUAAACAAUAUACAUGCAUAAACAUAUGCAUUCAUACACACAUACAUAUAUACAUACUAUAUAUAUUGUCAUAUGCAUACACAUACAUACAUACACAUACAUAUGCUUGCACAUAUACAUAUACCUAUAUGAUUUUACUUAGGCAACCUUAUAUUUGAAAAAAAUUAAAGUUUUAAACUGUU